AUGUUCACAUCAGUUCCACCUAGAAAAACUUGGAGGAAAUCGAAGACAGUAAAAGUCACAAGAUCUUAUUCAACCUUCUCUUCCCUCAAUGCUUGGGGAGAAUUCAGGGGCCUCUUCUUGCCUGUGGAUGGGGAACCAAACCCUGGAGUAGGCCUGGGUGUGGAGGAGGGACUGCUCUGCCAGAUGAUUCAUUCUCCUGAAUUCAACCUAUUUCCUCAGUCAGUGGUGUUUGAAAGCAACUUUGUCCAGGUCAAAAGGAGAAGAAACUGGAUAAAAAUCUACAAAUCCUGCAACACCAUGGCCCUUGGGGUGACCUCUUCUGUGCCCUGUCUACCUCUUCCCAACAUCCUCCUCAUGGCUAGUGUCAAAUGGCAUCAUGGGCAAAACCAAACAUGGAAUAGACCACCUACAGCCCCAAAGAUCAAUCUGAAGAGGAUUCUCCCAUUGAAGUUUGUGGAGCUGCGGGUCUGUGACCGCUUUCAACGCAUCCUGCGGUUAAGGACAGUCACAGAGAAGAUCUACUAUUUAAAGCUCCACCCAGACCAUCCUGAUACUGUCUUCCGCUUCUGGAUCCGACUGGUUCAAAUUCUGCGUAAGGGCCUGUCUAUUACCACCAAAGACCCUAGCAUCCUUGUCACUCACUGCUUGGUACCCAAGAACUGCUGUAGCCCAUCUAGAGACUCUAAGUUAGUUCGGAAGAAACCCAAAGCCUCCCAGCCCAGUGAGAGCCUCAUGCAGCUGAUGGCCAAGGGGGAGAGUGAGGCUCUCUCCCAGAUCUUUGCUGACUUGCACCAGCUGAACCAGUACAGCAGCAAAAAGAUGGAGAUCAACAAGAGCAGCUCAGAAAGCGAUAAUCCCUGUGAAGACUGUAUCCCUUGUACCCGGGACCUCAGUUGGAGGGACUCAUUCACUUUUGGAGAGUGGGAAAGAGAGAACCCUUCUGGGCUACAGCCCCUCUCGCUCCUCAGCACUUUGGCUGCCUGCACUGGGCCACAGCUGGCCCCACUCAUAGACCAGGGUUGGGCGGGAAUCCGGUCCACGCAAUUCAGCGCGCUCUCGGGGACGUGGCGCUUUCCAGCCAAUCCCGGCUACGUGGUCGGGGGACCAAUGGAUGUCCGGGAAAGAUACGCGUCAGCGGCGAGUUUAGUGAUUAUUGGUCAGAAGGAUGCUGACAAGGCGGAUGGGGGCGGGGAGAAGAGUCGUUUCCGGCAGGGCGGUGCUUGCGCGCGGGAGCCCAGCCGGUGGGUGAUCAGCCGCCACGGUGUUCUCUUACUGUGGGGCUCAGGGGAAAAGAGCUCCUCCAUUCAGAGACCCCCUCUGAUUGUAGGGUCACUAAGCCUUUUGAAGGUCGGAGGACCGUGGAGGAGCGUUAUUGCAGCAGCUUCGCGCCACCUCCCACUCACUGGGCUGGCUUGUAUCUGCGGGCCCCACCCCAAAGGCCACAUCUCGCGAUUAGGGUGCUUCUGCCAACACAGUUGUGUUCGCUGA